CAAUGAACUUUCACAGAAGCCUUCCAACUACAGGUGUGUGCGUUUACGGAGAAAAAAACAAUGCGCGUCUAAUGUUUGUGGGUUUUGGAUUUGUUCUCAAGUUCGAGAUUUCAUCUGCAGAAAGGUAUGUUCUGUGAAAAUGAAGACGGCACCAUGGGAGCUCCUGGUAUUUGUGCCAAUGGACCUUCAUUUUGGCACACGUUCGCCCGCUCUGCCAGACUGAAGAAGCCUGGCUCUUAUGUCCCACAUCCACACUGGUUGCACAUACAGCUGCUGGUACUGCUGGUCCUACUUGCAGGUCUCCCUACAGUAAAUGCACAGACCUCAGUACUCUACCAUCUUGACCUCACUGUGGAUUUCAAUGGAGAGGUGGAGAAUGUAUCACAAAUCUCUGACUGGCUCAGUGAAGUGUUCCAAAACAAGCUGAUGGACGGCAUGUUUACUACAACUGCCGCACCUACGUCUUUGACAACGCUCAUAAUGACGUCAACAACAUUGCAAAACGACAGCACAUCUAUGGCUGUAGCAACUACAUUGACAAACUCAAACACUACAGCUCCAACAUCAACAGUGUCAACAAGCUCAAACACAACUACAGCUCCAACAUCAACAGUGUCAACAAGCUCAAACACAACUACAGCUCCACCAUCGACAGUGUCAACAAGCUCAAACACUACAGCUCCAACAUCGACAGUGUCAACCAGCUCAAACACUACAGCUCCAACAUCGACAGUGUCAACCAGCUCAAACACUACAGCUCCAACAUCGACAGUGUCAACCAGCUCAAACACUACAGCUCCAACAUCGACAGUGUCAACAAUCUCUAGCACAACUACAGCUCCAACAUCGACAGUGUCAACAAUCUCUAGCACAACUACAGCACCAACAACAGUGUCAACAAGCUCAAACACUACAGCUCCAACAUCGACAGUGUCAACAAUCUCUAGCACAAUUACAGCACCAACAUCGACAGUGUCAACAAUCUCUAGCACAACUACAGCACCAACAUCGACAGUGUCAACAAGCUCUAGCACAAUUACAGCACCAACAUCGACAGUGUCAACAAUCUCUAGCACAACUACAGCACCAACAUCGACAGUGUCAACAAUCUCUAGCACAACUACAGCACCAACAACAGUGUCAACAAUCUCUAGCACAACUACAGCACCAACAUCGACAGUGUCAACAAUCUCUAGCACAACUAAAGCUCCAACAACGACAGUGUCAACAAUCUCUAGCACAACUAAAGCUCCAACAACGACAGUGUCAACAAUCUCUAGCACAACUAAAGCUCCAACAACAGUGUCAACAAUCUCUAGCACAACUAAAGCUCCAACGACAGUGUCAACAAUCUCUAGCACAACUAAAGCUCCAACAACGACAGUGUCAACAAUCUCUAGCACAACUAAAGCUCCAACGACAGUGUCAACAAUCUCUAGCACAACUAAAGCUCCAACAACGACAGUGUCAAAAAGCUCUAGCACAACUAAAGCUCCAACAACGACAAUGUCAACACGCUCUAUCAUAACUAAAGCAGCAACUUCAACAUCAACAGCAUUGAAAAGCUCCAGUAUAACACUGCCUAUGCAAAUCAUUCAGAUUAUCAUCGGGACAGCCCCUUUACCCAACUCCGUCAUAAGCAUAGUGGCACCUGAUGCAGGUGGAGAAGUGGCCCAACCACCUGAUGCAGGUGAAGAAGUGGCCCAACCACCUGAUGCAGGUGGAGAAGCGGCCCAACCACCUGCUGCAGGUGGAGAAGCGGCCCAACCACCUGAUGCAGGUGGAGAAGCGGCCCAACCACCUGAUGCAGGUGGAGAAGCGGCCCAACCACCUGAUGCAGGUGAAGAAGCGGCCCAACCACCUGAUGCAGGUGAAGAAGCGGCCCAACCACCUGAUGCAGGUAGAGAAGCGGCCCAACCACCUGAUGCAGGUAGAGAAGCGGCCCAACCAAAUUCCGGUUCCAGUCAGUCCAACAAGCUGCGCAGAGCACGUGACCUUAGUGACAGAGCGGCACAAACCAGAAUUGAUGAAACAACUGGACUAUUUCAAGGAGUUAAUGUUUCCUGCAAUGAAAAUACUGCAAACAAAAAAACCUGUUCUGUAAUACUGAAACUGACGCACAGAGUAAAUCCAUGUCAUGUCCUACGUAUUCUCUGUGAAGCCAGUCAAUCUUCCUCUGACAUCACUGCAGUGGGGAGAAAAAUAGAUAUAAUUAAACCGCAGAGUGAGUGCAAUACUGAUCCGCAGGAGGAAAACUGUUGCACAUAUAGGCCUACUGAUGGAGCCAGUGAAUCAUGUGAACCGUCUGAAUUCAGUCAAUGCAGCCCGACUACUUGUGCACCAGGAAACUCCACACAACCGAACACCACCUUGACGACACCGCUCAACACGACUACAACCUCCGUAAAUGCUGAGGGCCAAGCCAAUGCUCUGCUUGAGCUGACCAGUGACGUGUCCCAACUGAACUCCAGCCAGGUGAAUCAGCUGGUGUCGCAGCUCGAGAGGCUUUUGUCAGGCCCGAAUGUCAGCCUGGCGCUGGGAAACACCUCGGUCCAGAUCGUCAGCAAUCUGCUCGGUGCUUCUCCUGAAGUGCUGUCUGAUUCCUCCAACAGGAUUAUACAGAUCGUUGACACAGUGGGGUCAAAACUGGUCCUUGAGGAAGCAGUUCAGACCGUCCUGUCCCCCGACGUGGCUCUGUUAGUGACACCAGCAGAUGGCACUAAUUUUCAGGAAACCUUUUUUUCCAUCUCAAACCCAAAUGAUGUACAGCACAGUGGGGGUUCCCGGCUCAGUGGUGUGAGGGCAGACUCCUCCAUCCCGCAGGGCUCCAUCAGGCUGCCCCCCUCCCUCACACAGAACCUCAGCUCAGGGGAGCAGCAGCUGGCCUCCAGAGUCCACUUCAACUUCUACCAGAAGAGCACCGUGUUCCAGGACAGAUCUUUGGGAGUGCGCAGACUGAACAGCGGGAUCCUCGGAGCAAGCGUGGCCAACCUAUCAAUCUCAGGCCUGCAGGACAAUGUGACAAUCAACCUGAGGAAUACAGAGCCUAUUCCUGCUAACUUUGUGGCUAUAUGUGUUUUCUGGGAUUUCACAAUGAAUGACGGAUCAGGUGGAUGGAAUCAAGAUGGCUGCUCAGUCCAAAAGAGCACCGACAACGAGACAGUUUGUGGCUGCAACCAUUUAACCAGUUUUGCCAUCUUGCUGGACCUCUCCAGGACGCCUUUAACCAGUCGGGUUCAGGCAACCAUCCUCACAUUCAUCACUUACAUAGGCUGUGGGAUCUCGGCCAUAUUUCUUUCUAUCACCCUCCUCACGUAUUUGGCCUUUGGGAAGCUACGCAAGGACAUCCCAUCUAAAAUCCUGAUCCAGCUGUGCGUGGCUCUGCUGCUACUGAAUCUGGUCUUCCUUGUCGAUGCUUGGCUGGCACUCUACCCCAACGCAUUGGGCCUCUGCAUCUCCACCGCCUGGUUCCUUCACUACUUCCUGCUGGUGGCCUUCACCUGGAUGGGACUUGAAGCCGUCCACAUGUACAUAGCCCUGGUGAAAGUCUUCAAUAGCUACAUAUCAUGCCACAUGCUGAAGUUCUCACUGGUGGGCUGGGGUGUCCCAAUGAUUGUGGUCAUUAUUGUCAUUGCCAUUGACAAGGAUAACUAUGGCCUCGUCUCCUACGGAAGGUUUGCUGAUGGCACUAGUGAUGACUUCUGCUGGCUGAAGAAUGAUAUCGCCUUCUACGUAGCGGUGGUGGCGUACUUCUGUGUCACUUUUCUCUUUAAUGUGGUCAUUUUCGUCGUGGUGUUGGUCCAGCUGUGUCGGUUAAAGAGACAGAACCCUCACAACUCACAUCACCGGUCCAUACUGCAGGAAGCGCGCAGCAUGUCGGGGAUUACCAUCCUCCUGGGCCUCACCUGGGGUUUUGCCUUUUUUGCCUGGGGACCUGUUAACCUUCCGUUCAUGUACCUCUUUGCCAUCUUUAACUCUUUGCAAGGAUUCUUCAUAUUUAUCUUCCACUGUGCGGCGAAGGAAAACGUGAGGAGGCAGUGGAGGACGUACCUCUGCUGUGGCAGGAUGAGACUAGCAGAGAACUCAGAAUGGAGUCGCACUGUAACACAGAAGACCAUGAAGAAGUCAUCAGUGACCAGACUAACACCUGACCGUUCAUCAAAGCUGUCCCAGACACACAGCUCUUCCUCUUUCCUUGUCACUGAUCCCUCCGAGCAGCUUAAUGGCAUUAGCAGUCCAUUUGAAGACCGAGCGAUCACAGCUGAUGAGGAGCCAAAUGUGGACGUGGUCCUCAACGAGAUCAACAGACAGUCCAGACAACAACAACAGCCUUCCUGAUACAAGAACAGUCUUAUAUUUAACUAUCUGUAUAUAAUUGAGAUGUAUAGAGUAAUUUAUGUAUGUAUUGGAACAUUUCAUUUAAAUGACUUAUGGGCUACAAUAUUUUCAACAUGAAUACCUUCAAGUCAGCACAUUCACUUACAUUCAUUUGUUCCUAGAUUGCUUUUUCACAUGAGCCUGAACAUGUAUUUGUCAGUGAUAUUCUUGAUAUAUUUACCAGUCGAAAUUUUGUUAGCAGUCUUGUCUAACUCAUGUUGGAUUUCAUGAAAGGCAACUUGUAGCCUUCAUACAGAAGAGAGACCCGGUAACAAGUUUAUAGUUCAA